AUGGCGGACCGAUUCCCAUCGCUGGAUGAUUUCGACUCCGGAGCGCAGACGGAGGUAAAGGACGCCACGGGCUCCGGCGAACAGGACUUUCUCGCGCGCGAGAAAGCGCUUCUGGGCGAUGAUGCCGAGCAAUUUGCUUCAAGUGGAGAUGCUACAACACUGGCAGAAACCAGUGGAGAUCUUCUCGGCGGAGGAAAUGCGCCCUCUACAUUCGAAUCGCAGUUCCCAGACCUCGCUGACCCCUCAUCUGGAAUUGCAGGCGCGCCUGGAUCUUCGACGAUCACAGGCCCCUCUGUCAGUUACAACUCGGGAUACCAAGCGACUGCGACCGACGAGGAAGAACCCGAGGUGAUCAAGCAGUGGAGAGAGAAGCGCGAUGUGCAGAUCGCAAAGAGAGCAGAGCAACUGGCAGCACAAAAAGAAGAGACGAUAAAAGAGGCACAGCAGAACAUCGACGACUUUUACGAGAACUACAACACGAAGAAGGAGAAGGGUAUUUCCCAGACUCGCAAGGAUGCUGAGCAGUUCCUUGCAAACCGAGAUGAUACUGUGUCAGGCGGUACUAGCUGGGAUAGAAUUGCUAAACUGGUUGAUGUAAGUGGCAAGGGAAGCAAAGGUGGUGCCUCUGGUAGUGGCAAGGAACGGUUUCGCGAGAUGUUGGUGAACCUUCGUAAGGAUGAGAAGGCACCCGGGGCUACUGGAUAUUGA